GGUUCAGGUUCGAGCACUGCAGCUUUGGACCGGGUUCUGUCCUGUGUCGCCCAUCCUGCGGCGCCCCUACCCAGGCCUCAGUGCAGAGCCAGCCGCCCUCGUCAGCCCGUUCGCACAGGCGCUGCACCACGCCAGGGGUUCAGCCGGGUGGCCGGGUGGAGGGGAGGAUGGAGAAGGCUCUCACCAAGCUCGGCAGCUUCACCAUCUCCCGCAAGGCCAAGCAGGAGCUCUCCGCCAUCGGCGACGACAUCUCCCGUUUCUCGAGCACUGUGGAGGAGAAGGCAAAAUGGGUCUUCGAGAAGCUCAAAGGCAAAAACAAGCCACUCUCUGAUGUGCUGCGUGAUCACAACCUCCCUCCUGGCCUCUUCCCUCGGAAUAUCAUCUGCUACGAAUUCGACGAAUCGAGGUCGAAGCUGGUGGUGCACCUGUCUAAGCCCUGCGAGGUGAGCUUCAAGGACUCCUCCACGGUACGGUACGCGCCUCGUGUCAAGGCGACGUUGUCCCGAGGCAAGCUUUCUGGGAUCGAAGGCAUGAAGACCAAGGUGGUCGUGUGGGUGAAGGUGACGAGCGUGAGCGUCGAGAGCUACAAGUCGGACAAGGUGUGCUUCAUUGCUGGCGUGAAGAAGCUGAGGCAGAAGGAUGCUUAUGAGGUUCCCCGGGAAGCUGUCUCUGUUGAUGAGUUCUGAGCUUGGUCCAUUCGUCUUAUCCACCGUAUCAUUCUUGCCAUUUUUUGGGUCCCUGUGAUGUGUGAUCCUCGAGGACAGAUUGGUGACUGAUGUGAUCUGGUUCGGUAGAUUUGUAUAUUGGAAACAUGGAGAAUUUGUUCUUGCGGACAGAAGACACCCGUGCAUGUUAUCUGAUCAGUCUUUCACAUGUAUGAUGCUUCAGUAAUGUACUAAUGUGAGCAUUCAGCAUGUGUUCUUGUUCUGCCUUGCUUGCUUCUAGGGUACAUGUGUUCCUGUAUUGUUUGGUACUGCAUGUGGUUGGUUUUUUGCUGAGU